UUCAGCACAGCCACGAAGCCCAGCUUUGUGUCGACAAAGUUCUCGAAUCAGUGCUGUUUCGUUCUAAGUGAAUGGCGCAAACCGUUCAGUCAGUCAGUUUCGUGCAUUCAAGCGAGCGGACCUGUGUGGUUGCGGUCACGGAAAUUUAAAAAAAUGCUGUGCCCCACGCUAUUCCUGGCGACGCUGGCUCUAGUGAGCUGCGACGUGUCCCACUUGCUGUCUAGCACAACUCCUGAGCCGCCACCGAAGCCCUACGUGUUCUCUUACACCGCCGGCAGGUACCCUGGCCAUGCUGAUCGGAGCCACACUGAAGUCAGCGAUGGCAGUGGAGUCGUUAAAGGCUCAUUCUCCUAUGUGGAUCCCGCCCAGAAGCUCCGCACAGUGGACUACAUAGCGGACAAGCAGGGCUUCCACCCGAUCCUGAGCGACGUGCCUCCGGAGCACCCUCGGGACUCCGCCUCGGUGGCGCAGGCCAAGGACCGCCACUACCAGCUGUACGCCAAGAUCGCUGAGGAACACGCUAAUCCUCAUCCUGAAUUAAUAUCAGCCCCAGUAGAAACGCAAGCGGUGGCAGCAGCCCGCGCGAAGCACGCCGAACUGUUCCGAGUGAUCGCCGAGCAGCACGCGAGGAUCGCCGCCGAGAGGGAGGCACUCCUCAGGGAGGAAGAGGAGAAACAGCAGCUUCAGGAGCUGGGACAGUAGACUAGGACUUCUCUCGUUGUAUUUGAAUCAGCUGGUUGGGUCAAAAUACAAGAUCACGUCAAACCUAUCUAUCCAUGCUUUGUGAUUAAAGAUUGUUUGACCUAAUGUCGAAAAGUCUCUAGUUGCAAAUCGACGGAUAGGUUAAAGAAAUCUCCCAUAAAACUGAGAAUUAGAGGUUAAAAAUAUUCCUCUUGCAAUGCUCCCCGUAAGUAAAAUGUAUUAUACAUACAAUACAUAAGCAAAAUCUGUCUGGAAUUAGCUGUUUUACUGACCGUUACAAAAUGCACAGUGCAUUUUGACGACAUAAAGAUCUUGAAUUUUGAUGGAACCAGCUGACUUUGAUCACCAAAUAUGGAAGAGCAGAUGGAUAGAGCUUUAAUGGCCUAAAAUCUAGAGAUAUUUUAGAGGUUCUUGAUGCCUUCAGAGAAAUAAUUUUGAUAAUCCAAACCUGUUUGUAUGAUCCAUGUAAAAGUCAGAAUAUUAAGACUGCCUGGUUGCAAACUUCAAGUAGAAUUGUUAGUGACACAUUUAUAAGUACAAUGAAAGUAUCCCUGCUAUCCAUAUUUGGCAAUAUAACCGACUGCGUGAUACGUAAGUUAAAUACAAAAUUGUUACAUAUUUUUAAACUAUUUAUGUAGGUUUAUUUUACUAAAACUUUUACACUUUUACAUCGACUUUUAAAAUAUCUUUAAGUAAACUGUAAGUGUAUGUUUUAAUCGAAUUUUUAAAACAUUUUGAAAAGUCGUGUUUGUCAUACGCCAUCUGUGGUUAAAAACAAAAACUAAUGAACUGUGUAGUUACCUUGUACUGUGAAUAAUUAUGUAGGAUUGUAUAUAAAAUAUUAAAUAUAAGUAUUUUAAUAAUACUCUCUCGAAUUGCCAUAUUAAAACCAAUUUGAUAUUAUUACUACUAAGUAUUGGUAUGUAUUAAGAAAUUUUGUAUUUUUUGUAAUGUUUUUUAAUGUGAAAACAUCUCACUAUAAAAAUAAUAAUAAAUAGUAAUAACUUA